AUGAAGUACGAAGAGACAUUACAACGAGAAUGGGACAUCAGUAAGGAACAGCCCUGCGGUGAUGUGAGUGUUGACGAUGCGACUCCGUCGGAUGCGGCGCUGAGUGCGCUGUUAGAGGACGCCGAGCCCGCCGACGCGGACGCAGAGCGGCGCGUGCAACGUCUCGGCAGCCGCCUCGCGCGCCUCGAUGCACUCAACGUGGCCGGCAUGCUGGCCGCCGCCACCGAGAGCGGGGGCGCCGGCGCCGCGCUGGCCGAGCGCCUGGAGGCAGGGCUGGGGGCGGGCGCGGCACUGGCGCAGCGUUUGCGGCGCUACGACGCGCUGGCCCGCGCCGCACCCGCCGCGCCGCACGCUCGCUCGGACGCAGCGCGCGCGGACGCCAACGCGCGCCGCCUACUAGCGGAGCUGGGGGAGCUUUUCGGCUGGCUGGACGCGGCUCCGCUACGUGACUUAGAUUCGUUGACGGAGGUGGCGCUGACGUCGAACGAGGGCCGCGCGCAAGCACUGGCGGCGGCCGAAGCACUCCGCGCGGCGCUGCGGGCCGAGGCCAGCGCACCCGCGUCGCGCCGCCGCCUCGCCGCAGUUCGCGAACGACUCCGCCGCCUCACGCGUGCACGUGACCAGUUAGCGGCGGCGCUGGCCCGCCACCUGAACAACGCGCUGAUCCACCUCGGCAACGAGGCGGCGCACGAGUCCCGCGCGCACCGCCACCACGCCGAGCUGCUGCCCUACGCGCCCUUCAUGCGCUGGCUCAAGGACAUGGACGAGAAGGCGUUCGACGCGCUCGCCAAGGUGUACGUGGGCACGUGGGCGCGCGUGUACGAGCGCGAGCUGCGCGCGGCGUGCGAGGCGGCGCGGGCCGCGCUGGCCGCCGCGCCCCCCGACCGCGCGGAGGAGCCGCUGGACAAUGUUUUAAGUCUGGUCGAGAGUUUGUGCAAUGCAGAGCAAGACUUCUGUACGCAAUUCUUCUUCUUGGAUAUCGACGUUAAGGGCGAGGGCGGCGACGGGGAGCGGAGCGAGGGCGGGGAGCGGGGGGAGGCGCGGCGCGGCGCCACGGAGACGCGGCGCUUCAUGGGGGACCUGUUCCCCGCGCUCGAGGCAGACCUCGUCGCGCUCGUGCAGCAGCUCGAGCGGCACGACGCCUAUGGCGCCAUGCGUGCGCUGGCGUGCGUGGGCCGCCGCGUGCUGGGCGCGGAGGGGGGCGCGGGCGGGGGCGGGGGCGCGGGCGAGGCGCGGUGGGCGCGCGCGGCGCUGGCGGGCGUGGCGGUGGCGGCCAAGCGCGGCGCGGACCGCUGCGUGGCGGACCGACUGGCGGCGCUGCCCGACGCCAUCAAGCAGGCGGCCAAGAAGCCCAAGUGCGGCCUGCUGAGCUUCCUGCAGGAGCUGGAGGCGCUGAGCAGCGCCUGCGAGCGCAUCUUCGCGGGCAGCGGGCGGCGCGCCGACGUGGAGCGCUGGUACGUGGCGCUGGCCGGCGCCAUGCUGCAGGCCGUGGCCGGCGCCGCGCACCCGCGCACGCCGCGCGCCGUGCUGCACCUGGAGAACUACCACCGCCUGCACGCCGUGCUGUCCGCGCUGCGCCUGCCCGCGCUCGAGGCGCUGCGCCGCGAGUGCCGCGCGCGCUACUCCGACGCGCUGCGCGCCUACGUCACGCAGUACUUCGGCCGCCCGCUCGAGAAGCUCACGCAGUUCUUCGAGGGCGUGUCGGAGGCGGUGGCGCAGGGCGUGCGCGAGGACGAGGUGUGUUACCGCGCCGCCUUCAGCAAGCACGAGCUGCGCCGCGUGCUGGCCAUGUACCCGGCGCACGAGGUGCGCAAGUCCCUGCACCGACUGUACCGGACGGUGGAGAAGCACCUGAGUGAGGAGGGAGGCCUGCUGCAGGUGGUGUGGAGGGCCAUGCAGGAGGAGUUCAUCGCCCAGCAUGUCGCGCUACAGGCCCGUAUAGCGGCGUGCUACCCGGCGGCGGGGCUGACGCUGCCGCUGACGACGCAGCACAUACUGGACGCGUUCUCCGACAUCGCGCGCGAGCACUGA